AUGGCCUCUGGAUUAGUCUCCUUACCGAUUACUAUGCCCCCUACAUCCCCUCCCCCAACGCCCCGGCCCAAGGACAGGAAGCGAUCCACGUCCAGCUCAGUCAUGAUCCAGCAGGGCAUGGUCCAAGAGUUGGGACAUUAUCAGGACUAUCGCGAGCAACCACAACAGCAACACAGAGAGACAGACCAGGGCUUGGACAGUCGCAGGACCACCCAGUAUUACUCGGACGAGAGCUCAUACAACAGACAAAUGGAGCAGGAGAUGCACGAGUCGCAGCGAGAGCAAAAUGAGCGGGUGUCUCGAUUGAUGGGUCAGCGCAUGCUUCAAGGAUGGACCAUGCUCCAGGACACCUGUCCCAACCUUUCCUGCAAUGGGGUGCCUUUGAUGAGGAGCCGUGAAAAGAAGGAAAUAUGCGUCUCCUGCGGAAAGGACCCUCGUACAGCUGUCAACGGAGAGCCUGGAAAGGGACAAGGGCAGGGACAGGGACAUGAACAAGGGCAGGGACAAGGGCACAGUCGCGGACAAGGACAAGGCCCAGCCUCAUCGAUCGCUUAUCCUACGUCCCCCACUUCAAUAGCCAGCCCACGAGCGUCUGUGAUGAUGAGCCCUCCAUUGAGUGCAUCCUCGCCGCCGCAAUACAAAACCACAUCGCCUCGCACCCCACGCGAUCUGAAUGGACGAGUCUCGAGCUCGAUUGUCCUUCCUCCACCUCAGAGGGCCAGCCGGCAUUUGAGCAGCGAUUUGGAUAAACUGGCCUCGGAGGAUGAGGAGACGAACAGCCAUAUCCAAUUGAUCGGACAUGUUAACGAGUUCAGUUCCAGGUCCCUGCCCCCUGUGCCCCCCGUCCCUGCCAUUCACUCCAACCAUUCCAACCACUCGACGCCAUCGCGCCCAGUCUCGACCUAUUCCAAUUCCUCAGGAUACAGUCCAUCGGAGAAGGAACGGUCAUCAUCGUCCCGCACACACAAUCAGCACUCUUCUCACCAGCAUUAUCAGCAUCAUAUCGGACAUUCAUCUAUCCUACCAGCACCUCCAGCCCCAACACCCUUGUCGCCAGAGGAGGAGGCAGUUGUCCAUGCGACACACAAGACGAUCUCUGUCCUCCUGGUCAAGCUGGAGAUGUAUCGGUCUGCAUUCGAGGUGUCAGAUAAUCCUAAGGAAAGCCAGGCGUUGGUCAAUCAUAUCCGGGGCACCAUGGAGUGUCUUAAGGCCUGUCGCCAAGUUCUGUGA